UCACAUUCUAUUCUGACUGUAUCUCGUCGACUACUGGAAAUAAAUAAAAAUAGUGAAGUGAAGUGUAUCUCCGAAGAUAACUCAAUUUAUGAGAAAAAUUAAAAAAAAAAUAUUAAAAAAUAAAUAAAAUAAAAAUAAAAUUAAGAAAAUCCAAAAAAAUAUUUAAAAAAUAAUUUUCAGUGAAGAUAAAGAUAAAAAUUAAAAUUAAAGAGAAAACCUUGUCUGCGGUUUUCCUUCCUCGUUGUCGUGUUCGUGACAAAUACGUACAAAAAAUAAUACAAAAAAAGUGUAGACAAUCGUUACAAUUUCCAUUUCCUACAAGAAAAAAAAAAUAAAGUUAAAAAUUAAAAUCACUUACGAAAAAAAUUUUUUUUUUGUAAAACUCAAACAUUGUAAUGCAUUUUUUAUUUUGAUAUAAAAUUUUUACAACAGAAACAGACUUCUAUUGAUUUUUUGUGUGUCUUUUGUUGCACUCGUACGACAAACAGCAGCAAAAGUUACAACAACAACAACAACGUCAACAAGAAUAAAUUUUUAGUGACAUUAACAAGUGAAUCUUUUUGUUUGGAAAAUUCAUUCGCACGACAGGUGUCUUCAGCAAAAAAAACUUUAAAAUCCAAUGAAAAAUAUUUAUUUGUGCAAAUAUUUGCUCGUGAACGACGCAACAGCAGAACAUUAAACAUUGAUUGACGAUAUUAACUUUUUUUCGCCAACUUUUUUUUUAUUGAGAUUAAACGAACAACAAAUCAUCAAAGGACGCCGAACCUUGUGCAAACUUCUGAAUCAACAUCAAGGACUAAUUUCUGAGCCUGUUAAAAAGCUUCGCAACAUCGACGAUAUCUCAAUUUUGCGACAUCUUCUCUUCAAACACGAACGUUGUUUGCGUCGAAAAUACACGAAACAUCAGAAAACUUUGUUACUGCGGAACGGCAUCGAUUUCAAGCAUCUCUUCGAAAGCCCGGACAGCGUCGAAAAUCCAAUUAAACAAAAAAUCAACGACAACGACGAGGACACGCAACUUUUACGGCAAUACUAUUUGAAGCGAUUAAGUGCACGUGCCAAGCGCGAUCCAGAUAAUUUGCUGGAAACGGCGUCUCGUUGCUACGUUGAGGGGUUUCAGUGGCACGUCAGCUAUUUGGAAGUGUGUGCAGCCAAAAGUGCGACACUGUGUCAGGAAUAUGCAAAGAAGCAACAAAAACGCAGCGGUAACCGUGACAUGAACGAAACUCUCGUCAUCACGACAAACAUUGAAAAUUACUGCGACGAUCUUUUGGCAACAAAACUGAACGAAUUAAAUUUGCACGACAACAAUUUACCCACAAUAACACUCACGGACUUUUCCGGCGAGGAAUCUAGCGAGACAAAUUCCGUUAUUUUCGUGAAUCAAGAGCAACAAUUGCGUGCUCCCUCGAUUGCGUGUCACGUUGAAGCGCGCCCAGCAUCAAGUGAAUCAGCCUAAAAAUUUAAUCAGCUAAAAAACAAUCAAAUUUUUACAAAAAAAAUUAUAAAAUAGGGAAAAAAUGGUUUCAAUAAUGGACGUUGAACCAAGUAAUGAAAUCUGUGAUAAUUGCCCGAUGUUAUCACAACAACGACCAAUAGAGAUAGAAAUACAGUCGGCGGAUAUACAGGUGAUACCGCUCAAAGCUGCCGACAACAAUUUAUUGAAAAAGAACAUGAAACUGGAUCUGUCGUCGCCAGCAUCGCUCGAGCAAAUUGAAAUUCGACUCAAAAAUGACAAUUCGACAAGUUCCGAAAAUGAAAAUUGUUCGGCGAAUGCGGAAAAGAAUGACUCGGAGAGCGGGCAAGUGAGUAGUGACGAAGAUGAAAAUGCGAAAAAUAACAAUGGGGAGUUUCGGUCGCCAAUGUCUCCGAGAUCGCCAAGUAGUCAAGCACGUUACGGUUCCCGCAUGUUGCCACACCAAACAUCAUUGACUUCCGCCGUGGAUGUUGUCGACGAUCGCAAGGCCUUACGUGAUGCCCUCUACCAGGGCAUUUUCCAUCGUCAUCGACGCACCAUUUUCGCCAUGGGCAGCUUCCUUCGCAUGCUAAAGAGCAAAAAUUCCCAAUACAACUCGAUCCGAAGUUCGUCGGAGGGCGAAGGCGAAGAGGACAGCACUCGAUAAUUUCGCUCCGCUUUGCUGCUGAAAGGAAAAAAUGUAAAUCCCGUAGACACACAUAGCAUGUAGUUAGUGUAUCAAAUGUCCUGUUAAAUUGAUCCCUGCGCGACAUGAAGAAGGCAUUGACUGGAUUUUUACCUUUUUAUACAUAGAAAACACGUAAUUGAUAAAAAAAAAGUACUGUUAGAGUUAUUUUAGGUUGUUAGCUGCUCUCGACAUUAUUCAACAUUGAUGUGCAUGUAAAGUUGAAUCUCAUCAAAUUUUCCAAUUUUCGCUGAAAAACAAACACAGAUGCCAUAGCAUCGCAAAAAAGUUUGCCUUACUAACAUUUUGUAUCGAGUUUUCCACUUUUUACUUUUUUUUUCAAGUGAUUUUAGUUUAAUUUUUACAUUUUUCAUUAACCGAGUAAAAAAAAGUUGAUUUCGGAAAAUGGAAACGAAUUUAAAUUGAAGAGCAUAUCACUUUACUUCUAAAUAUUAUCAGAAAUUGCCUCUAUACUUGAAACUUUAAAAGACUUA